GUUUCAGGUCCUUUGGGCUUCUCGCUGUCAUCUGUACGCUGCCUAUUUAUGACAUCUCUGGGUACGAGUAAGCAUCCCCACUCCCUCCCCAAUGUCAUUUACGGAACAGGCGAAUACUUUCUGGUGAUGUGAAUAGCCGGUCCGGCAAAGCUUAGCCGCAUUUCUGGUCUCCCAUUCCAACGGCCCCUCCUCUUCUGCAUUUUUGCCAAGCGGCAUCUCACUUCCAAAGACGUGAAUCUUAACAGAGAGAGAGAGAGAGAUGUGGUAGGAGUGGGGGGAGAGGAGAAUGGCAGAUUGCAAGUGGGGUUGGUUGUAUGCGGUUUGUGAUGCUGAGUCGCUGUGUGCCUGCUGUGUGUGUCUGUCUGUGUGUGUGUGUGUGAUCACUGCAAGUGAAUGGCCCUGUCAAUUUCUGUCUCUCUGAAUGGCCCUGUCAAUUUCCCCCUAAACCAGAGGAGAGCGCAGGCGCCUGGACCUGCCCCAAACAUCUCAAGGUGUACUCAUCGCGUUGAAGAUGGCGACAAUUUGAGACGGAGGAUGCAAGCUCCUGCAAAAUGCCAUGGAUUAUAUUUUGACCAGCCGGUGAUGGGGGGGCACUUACACCCCUCGUUAGCAACUCUGCACACAGUCAGGCUGCUAAAGUGACAUUGGGAACUAGGGGAAAUUGGAAAGCCGCCCUUUCUCCCCCCACCCUUGCCCUCCCCUCCAAAAUAUGAUCAGGGGUGCUUGGAUGUGUAAUGCCGUCCUGAAAAUCUGUUUUGCACCCACAGCAAACGAGAAACCCUGCGUCGAUUCACAGAGGGCAGAGAAAUGGCAAAUGUCUUUAGCGUCUAUGUUUCUUUUCGCUGUCCUGUUGUCUGAUUAUUUUUGCUCUUGCGCUGGAACGAAAUUGAGGAGCGGGGAAACAGCAGGCAGGAUCUGGAGUGACCCCGCACCGAGGCAGAACUUGGCAACACCACACGGUCAGAGCCAACGGCGGGCUCAGUGUGAUCUGUCUCUGACCAAUUUGACUGAGCCCGGUGAGGAGUUGGAAAGAGCCUGUCGAUUAAUUCCCAAAGGUCUGGAUUCCGCCUGCCUGUGGUCCUACUUCAGUCAUCUUCGGCUGUCCUUCUGCAAUUCUUAUACCAUUGCUGAUCUUUUGCGGGAUUAUGUCAACCCGAAUGGGUUAAACUGCAGUUUGGAUAUGCGGAUCAGUGAUGAUGGAGGGGCUAUGGCUGUCUGCAGUGAAUGCAUCAAGGCUUACCAGAUGGAAGACCAACAUGCUCAGGAAAAAUACGAGGAGUUCGAAGCAAUGCUACACAAGUACUUGGAAUCGGGGUAUUCAGUCAAAUCUUGUCCGAGCGACUGUAUGGCAGUCUACAAAGCGUGGCUGUGCUCGGAAUAUUUCAAAGCCACACAGCUGCUGUGUCCUCGCAGGAUUCCUUGUAAGCAAUACUGCCUGGAAGUCCAGGCCCGGUGUCCAUUUAUUCUACCAGACAAUGAAGACCUAAUCUAUGGCGGGUUGCCAAGCUUCAUCUGCACAGGGCUACUAGAAAACCAUUUAACCAAUGCAGAGCCAGAAUGCUGUGACGUCAGAUGGAACACCUGUGAUCUAUCCUGGGACAAAGGUUAUAAUAUAUCUACCAAAUCCAUGGACUCCAUGUUGCAUCAUAAGUCUUCACUGCCUGUCUCAGCAGCAUCGCGACUGUGCAACAGCAGACUUAAGCUGUGUGUUUUAGUAUUAAUUCUUCUACACACUGUGGUGACAUUUACUGGUUUUCAGAACAAUAGCAGAGUUGGCAUGGAGACAGUGAGCGCACUGGACGACAGUUCCCCAAGCGAAGAGUAGAAAAAGAUGUCUUCUUACUUUCUUUUUUUUUCAACAGUUCGUACAGGGCCAUGGUACCGAGCAGCAAAGAAGCUCAAAGGGUUUUCAGAAGACCAUCCAAAUGAAGAGCUGGGCUGCAGGCAGCCAUGAAUAACGGUGUGCAGUAAGGCUAAGGAAACAAUAAUCUGGCCAUGGCAGGUCCAGAAAUGCUUAUCUGCUCUGAUAAGGAUAGAUGGUUUAAAAUGUUACUCUACAGAGUCAGGCUACUGAUACAACAAGGGUAAAAAUAAUUUGGUAAAAAGCAUAGCUGUCUCUGGGACAGAUACUAGAAAUAGACAGUUACUGUAAAUUCCAUCUGUUCCACAUGCAACCAGAAAGGUUUCAGAUGUAUAAAUGCACUGAACAAUCACAGGAUGUUUUCUUUUGUCUUUUCAGUUUGUAGUCAAGCUAAUCUCUAACACAGUAGACUUCAUUGAAUUCUUUGUGGUGUCUAUUCCUAUGAACAUGACUUAGUUGUCCCAGGGACAGAUAGCAAUAAUCCUGUGCUUGAACAAAGUACAUUUGCCUGUAUCAGAGAGUCGGAUAGGUGUCUAAAUCCCUCAAUAGUUUACUUGCCCAAGCAACCCUGGUAAUGUUUCUCCUCAUAUCAAACCAGUACUGGUCUGUCAUCUUAAUGUUAAACAACUAGUUAAGAUUUGUUACCCAUUAUUGUGAGGAACACCAGCAAAAGUGACUGUGAACAUCUCAGUUGCAGGAUAGGUAGGCACUUGUUCUGAACAGAAUGAUUGGACGUUCAAUGGACCAAAAAGUUAACGCACCCUCCUGCUUACCAAUGUAUAUGCAAUGUGCUUCCUCGAUUCCCAGCAGGCUACUUGGCAUGGUUAUUGUGGCUACCUAACUCAAAUAUAAACCAUCUGCUAGAUGGUCUAGGAAUGAAACAGUUAAUGGUAGCCUAGGAGGCAGCUUGUAAUCCUAUCACUAUUGAUAUGAGUAUUAUGAGAGAGAAAUAGGGUUGGUAGAGGGAGAAGUUGGGAAGCUAUGGUACAAUGUUUUUAAAAAUCAGAUGUUUGGGUCCCUUUUACAGUGGCCAAAGUGGUAGAUAUAUGUGUCCUAUCUACUGCUCGUUAGAACCUAAUGCUAAUACGUGGAUUUUUUGAGUUAGUGCAGGUUGGAUACCUAGCCAUUAAAUGUGGAGAUUUAAGAUUCCUAUGAGUAUGUCUUACAGCAUGCAUCACCAGAUGCAUUGCAUAGCAAAAAGCAACUCAGCAGCAGCCUAGUGAAACACUCAAAAACAAAUAAACACUUUUAUAAACAAAAAUAAUCAUUGACAAUAAGGGCAAAAACUUAAGAAGAUUUUAUAAUAACACUUUCAGUUAACUGUCCUUUAUAGUCAUGUAUUUGAUUCUUAACCUGAGUAUCCAUUCUGCUGUCACCCAUUACCUUUAUGAAACUCUUAAAUUUGAGUGCCAACAUUACAGGAGUUUAAAUAGAUCUUUCAAUUGUUAAGAGUACAGAUAAAGGCCAUAGCUCUUUGUGCAGGACACCACCAAAGUUAAAAAAAAGAGUAGGAGCAAAAUUAUAAAUGUCACUAGCCAUCAGUGGAUUUUGUGCUCUCGAGCUAGUACAUCAGACCUAUAUAGUGCUGUCAGUUGACACCUGUUGAUUGGCGACCGUUAUAACAACCUCAGCCCAGUUUUUAGAAUGUGUGGGCCUACAGCAAAAAAUUGCACAUCAAUUGUCAAUCUCACUCAUCGAGCUCUCAAGGAUGUUUGGUGCAGAAAAUGAAUUGCUACCCUGAAAAUUCGACCAAGUUAAGAGUCACCUGAUGUGAGGGUAGCAGACACACGCUGGAUGCCAAAAUAGGAAAUUGCCUCCUCCCUCACCUUAGAAAGUAGAGAAUUUCUUCCAGAAAAGUAGUUUAUUUUCCCAUCUGAGUUUGAUAUAAUUCCCAUUUAAAAGCAUUCAUAUUAGUUACCACAACCAAGUGCAGAUCAGUUACCAUUGAGAAUAGAUUCCAAGUGAACUCUAGAAUUAAAUAUCUUGCAAUGAUAGAAUUAUGUUAUUGCAUUAUUUGGGAGGUGCAGAUUCAAUUUCCUCUUUCCUCCAAUCAAAACAAAGAAAGGAUCUGUCAAAACAAGUCAGUUUAUAUAAUUGUGUUUAGGAUGUAAACCAUUUAAUUUUCUUUUGCCAUUAACACUGUAAAUGGAAGCAGAGACUGGGACUAUAUUCUUAAUAAUGAUCUUCUUGGGGAUGGGUUGUGUUUUGUAGCUAUGAGAAAUAUUAUUGUUUCCAUGGCAUGGAAUUAACUCAUGUGCCUUGUUUUGGGAGGGCCCUUUCAUGCCACUAGAUUGGCACCUAAACCUAACUGGAUGAGGUCAGGAGAAAUACAUGCACUCACGUUGGACACCAUUGUGUUGUCAAUUUUACUGGAUUGGCAUAAGGGUGGAGAAAUUGGGCUUCAGUUACAUAGUGAAUCAUUUAACAUGAGAAAUGCCUUAUUUCACUGUUGAAGAUUACUUCUAUCUUUCUUAUUUGGUCUCUUCUUGUCCAUUUGUUUCUGGUCCUUCUGUUAUUUGUUUCUCUCUCGUUUGGAUCUUUCACCACAUCCCUAUCAUCCUGAAUGGUUCUCUGCCUUCUUACUUUCCUGCCCAGUUUUGAAUCACUAAUGAAUCAGCCCAUACAACCUCCCCCACCCAUGUCUGUCUGUCACAUAUCAUUGACUCCUAAUGAGCUGCACCUUCUACUCUGGUUCUCCCCUCUCUUCAACGGUGAAUGCCUUUUGGAAGUUCACAUCUCCAACACUCUUUCCAUUCUACUCAACCUGACCAGCAUCAUCCCUUGGGCUCUGGCAGUAGUUCAAUAAUCUUUCUCCCUGCCACCCCAUUGAUGUCUGUGAACACAUAAAAAUGGCUCUUGUUGUGCACAACCUUAUUGUAGUUGACUGCAUUGACAUCUUGACUUUAACUGAAACUUGACCAAUGGGAAACAUCACCAUGUGCUUACUAAAACAACUCCACUCUACCAUCACCUGAUUUACUUACUGCUAUCCACAAGACCCAAACCAUAAUUGUGGUAGUUGAACUCUUACCAUUAAAUCUUAUCUUGAUAUUGUUUUUACUCCUCCAGUAUUUUGUUCUACUUAAAGCCCUUUACUUUUACAAUCCUUCCCUUCUCCUUUAAAAUCAUCCAAACUUAACAUUUGUCCAUUAUCUCUUCAGACCAAGGUCCUCAUUGAGAUAUCCAUCUUCCUUGACUUUCCAAGUCCCCACACUGAGCACUUAGCAUUUAUCCCAGCAUCACUUGGCCUCUCUACUGCAAUUGUCAGACAAUGUUCCCUAACUUAGCCCUUCUUGUAGACUCAGCAGCCGUAUAAGCCAAUCCAUGUUAUUGCCAUCAUCUGUAACUUGUCAUUUCUACAGCACUUCAUGUUAUCCAGCCAGAUCAAAUGAUGGAUGAAAACCUAAACCAGUUGUGCACUAUGUAAGUACAUUCAUUAGCCUUGGAGGAUAGCAGUCACAGGGAGAAUGAUGAGAGAGAAUAAAACUUUGAAGGACAGGGGCGAUUUUUGAAACAAAUUGCUUUAUGAGUUCUCUGGAUAGGGUCAUCGCUCACAAAGGCCAAUGAUUAUUGCAGCUCUCCACUUGCCCCUCGGAGAUGGUGGUGUGCCACCUCUUGAGCCAACAUGAGUUCAGGAUUGUGAAACAGUGAAGAUGAAGGUAAAUGGGGUAAAGAAAAUUAACAGCUGAGAGAGCAAUUUGAAUGGGCACUGUGAAUUUGAAAAGGACAUUAUAUUUGACUUGGGAGAGAACUUUUCCAAACAAAGAUUUGGAAGCAAACAGGUUAAGAGACUAGGAGACUCAGGGUGAUGAUGCUUCAAAGGAAGUGGCUAUUCACGAGGCCUUUUGAAUCGUGAUUGAGGACCUAUCAUAUCCAGCACUACGCAACAAUGAAAUGGCCCUAGCCAUAGAGUAAAGUAUAAUCUAUGACUGGAACAAUGCUCAACUAUUCAUCUUCGACCUCUUUUCAUUCAUAAACACAGUUAAUUACUCACUCUUUUGCAUGCUCUAACUCCUCCCAGCUAAAUGGCACUCUUGCUGCUAAUAUUCGUUUUUAUUACAAUAUUUGGACGAAGGUUGAAAUCCUACACUGGAUUUAAAAAUAAGUAAACAGACAAGAUCAAAAACAGUCGUUAUUUUAUUAAAGUCACAGCAAAUAUCAAAGUUCUGCUCUCACACACACACACAGUCUUGAAAUGCCUGUUUCCUCUGCACAUGUGGUACAGGGGUUUCAGCACCUGAUAGGAAUGACUGCCUUGUGAUUAAUUAAGCCUCUGAUUACAAUCCAAAGUAUUAAAAAUGUCUGCACACGAUCUUCUUGGUUCAGACUCCAGUUAACACACUCUACUAACAACAACCAAAUGAACAGGAUUAAAUAAAUCAUUGUUCAGGAUUUCUCAUACUUUAAAAGCUAUGCUCAGUUUUUCACUGUUUAUUUACUGAUUGAAGUUGAAUGACUGGAAUGCAUUUAAACUUUGAAACUUAAUGGGAGACUUUUUAUAGGCUUUGUCAAGUCUUCCUCCACACUGUCUGAUAACUUUACACAAAGUGAAUGAAUACCUCUCUGGAGAGAUAAACACCACUGAGAAAAAGGAGAUGGUUGGUCAUCAGGAUCCUGCUAGGGAUGCUGCUUAUGCAGCGGUAGGAAGGGGUGAAAGAGCAGAGGCUUUGAGUAGCAUCAUCAACUGCUGGAGGAAAGUGAGGCAGGAGGGUGAAGAGGAUCCUAGAUUUAUAGUGACAGACUGCAUGCUGCACAAUCCAGUAAUGAUAACAAAUCAGCCAUUAUUGUCACCAACAACAAAACUGAAGCGGUUCAUGUCCAUAUGCAUCAGGACCUGGACAAUAUUCCUGUUUGGCCUAAUAAGUUACAAGUUGCAUUUGCACUCCACAAUUGCCAAACAAUGGACAUCUUUCACUACAAAGAAUGUAAUCAUCACUCUUUGACAUUCAAUGGCAUUACCAUUCAUGAAUACUCUGCCAUCAACAUCUGGGGUGAGGGCAGUAGUGGUUACCAUAAGCCAGAACCUUCAGUGGACCGGCCAUAUAAAUACAUUAGUUACAAAAGCAGGUCAGAGGCGGGGGAGUUCUUUGGCAAGUAACUCACUUCCUAACUCCUUAAAGUCAAUUCACCAUUUACAAGACACAAGUCAGGAAUGUAAUGGAACACUCCUCACUUACUUGGUUGAGAGUGGCUCAUACAAUAUAAAACACAGACUAGUUGAUCAGCAUCCCAUCCCCCUUUGUAAAAAUAUAGUCCCUUCAUAACUGAAGCACAGUGCGUACCUGACACAGGACACACUGUAAAAAUUCACCAAGGCUCCUUCCAGACUGCAUUCCAAACUCAAGAUAUCUACCACCCAGGAGAAGGGUAGCAGGUACAUGGAAGCUCCAGCACCCUUCAAGCCAAAUGCCAUCCUAACUUACAAAGAUAUCGCUGUUCUUUCAUUGUACUGGGUCAAAAAUGUGGAACACCCUCCUUAAGAGCACAGUAGGUGUAUCUGCGCCAGAUCAGCUAUAACUAGAAGCUCACCAUCACCAUGGUAAGGGCAGUAAGAUGUGACAAUAAAUCCUGACCUUGCCAGUGCCAUCCACACCUCAUGACUGCAUUUCACUUGUAGGAAGCAUAAAUGAGCCAUGUUACAAACUUAACUGAUUACUUUAAAUUGGUCAUAGUGUAGCAAUUAGCACAUUCAGUUAUUCAGCAAGUGCUGCCCAAUCACUUGGUGUAUUUAUUUGAGUUUGGCCAGCGGGGGUUGUUUGAGUGCAGUCUGUUGCUAACAACUGGAGAAACAUCAAUCGAUCAGCGAGUUAAUGAGACCUGCAAUCUAUGCAUCUGACAUCAUACUGGCAUUGAGUUCAGAAAUGAGAUAUUUCAACUGUGAGGGAGGCUGUGAAGCUCCUUUAUGCUCACUAGAAGUGGCAUGCAUUCACAGACAGAGAAAACAAAUGGAAUAUGUCUCAGCCUAUUCCUUUACUGAAAUAGCCAGGAGUAGGAGGAGCCUAAUGUUUCCCAUUGCUUUAUUAAUGCAUUGCCUUGAUCAAUCAGAGUUGACCUGGCAAACUACCAGCACCCCUUUCUCCACAGUACAAAUUGCUGUGAUGAUUUGAAAUUUGUUCAUUCUUGCGUUUGUCCUGAUGAGUGCAAGACAAAAGGCUUCGGCAACACGUCUCUCUUUUCAGCAAUCUUCAAAGAAAUAAAUAAAAGCUGUGAGACAUGUUUGAGGUGUGUAAGAUGUGUGAGUAUCAGUGUGCAGUUGAGUGAUGUUUUAGGGUUCUGACAUUGGUGCUACAGUUACUGAGAAGUGUGAUUAGCAUCAUAGCUUGACUACUCAUGUCAAACCAUUGCACUUUUCACAGCUCUGGAUGCCCUCCUUAAUUGUCUUCCCACACCUAUACAAUAUAAGCUGCUUUAUUCAUGCCAGCCACAACUCAUUCAUCACCUUGCCCCUCAUCUUCCUGAGUAAAAGAUGUGUUAUCUUCACUAUACCUACUCCAUCAUGACCUCUAAUGCCGUGUCUGAGAAUCUACGAAUCCUCUGUCUCAGGCCCUGAGGUAUCCUGAAAUAAGUCAGCCAACACACUCCACAACUUUGCAGUAAGUGUGAGGAUGUGGAAGGCUAUACAAAUCACACCAGGAAAAUUGACAAUGGCCAAUGCUUGAGUGGUAAAUAUGUGAGUGUGUUGCCCCCGAGUAUGGUUAAAUCAUAACAUCUGGCUAUUAGACACCAAUUUGCAGGCCAGAAUCAGAUAUUUUAGCAGGAAAAGCUCUCACUUAUCAGAGGUUGUACAAACUUGGAUAGUUUUCACGAUAGUGUUGGAAGCUGAGGGGCAACCUAAUAGGAAUAUAUAACAUUACGAGAGGCAUAGAUAGGGUGGAUAGUCGGACUCUUUUUCCCACGGUGGAAAUGCUAAAUACUAGGGGGCGUAUGUUUAAGGUGAGAGGGCGAGAGUUUGAAGGAGAUGUGUGAGGCAAGUAUUUGCACAGAGGCUGGUAGAUCCCUGGAAUGCACUGCAGGGGAAUUGAUAGAAGCAAAUGCAACAACAUUGUUUAAAAGGCAUGAGGACAGACAUGUGAACAGGCAAGGAAUAGAGGUAUGCAGACCAUGUGCAGGCAAAUGGGAUUAGUUUAUACUGGCAUCAUGGUCAGAACAGACAAAGUUGGCCGAAGGGUCUGUUCCUGUACUAUACUGUUCAAUGUUAUAUGUUCUGUCACCUGUUACUCAAAAUAAUGAUCCAGUGUUUCUAAACUGUGCUAAAUCUCAGACUUGCUAAAUCCAUAAGCCUUUACCCACUUUUAAUGCUAGUUCCUGCCAAGAUUCUUCUCCAAGUCUGCUAAAUAUUAUAAUCUCACAGUUAUACAAAACAUGGUGGUGUUUGAGUUAUUGAGGUACUCAAGUGGACUGGGUUUCCAACUGGGGCUAAUAAAACAACUUUAAAUGAACACAACCUUCAUACAGAAGCCAAAAUGCAGUCUUUCAGUUUAGGAUUUGUAGCAUACAGGAAUAAGCAUUAACUGUGUAAAAUAGUUUCCUUUACUGUUUCUCAUCUCUGACAUUCCUUUGUUUAGUGCGACACUUGCCGAUCGAAAAAUCUCCAGAAAUUGUUUAUUUUCAUGCUCCACACGCACCAACCGCACCACUGCCAUCACCAUCUUCAGAUUACCCCUAAACUCUGUCUGUCCUUUGCUCAUUCUUCUUGGGUGCAGUUUGCUCCUUAGCAAUCUCAUCCACAAAUAUGGGCUCUCCUUACACCCCAUCUUGACUUCGAAUUCCUGCUGUCUUGACUCCUUCCCAGAACCUCAACAUAAUCAACGGAUUGAACAACACAUUACAGGCAACAGUUUGCUCCAGCUAAACAUUAGGAAGAAAGCCAUUGUGUUCAACCCCACAUCCUCCUCGCCAUAAUCUCAUAACUUUCCCACUGAUUCCAUCCCACUGCUGCCAAUGGAAAUAAACUGUUCAUAACCUCUGUACCCUCAUUUCUGAACUACAUUCUUGACCACGCGGUCAGAAAGAGGCAGACAGGUUUUCUCAUCAACUAGGAGGUCAAAGGUUUAAGGAUAUGCCAGUAAACUGAGGUUAAA